CCUGCAGGGUACUUGUGCCUCCUCCCCCAUCCCGGGGAGCAGGAGAGGGUUCUGCGGUAGUCGUUCAGGAUGGAGAGGACGAUUGGACAGACGCACACAUACAGGCAAGCACUCAUACGGGAAGCAGGAGAGGGUUCUGCGGCAGUUGUUCAGGAUGGAGAGGACGAUUGGACAGACGCAGAGGACGUUGCGGGGGGCACAGACAGGACGGCGGAGCAGGUUUGCUUCACGUACGGGGGCGGAUCAGACGACCAUGCACCGCGGACGUCCGUCAUUACGGACGAUGUUGCAGGCGGGGCACAGGGUAGCGCCACUCGACGACCCCAAGUGGGUCGAGGUCGUGGCGCCAUUGAUCGCGGCGGUCCCCCUCGCGCGAGGAGAGUUUUAGGGGUGGACUCGAGUGACAAGGACGAGGGCGAGGCACAUGGCGCAGAGCAGCUUCGGGACCGUCGGUUUCAUCCGAGCCACCACUGUAGGGAGCAGCCAGAGCAGCUUCGGCGGUCGCACAGGUUGGCAGAGCGUAGUGGUCCGACGUCUCACCAGCCUCAGGACAUACCGCCGAUACCGGUUGUGGAGGGGACUCCGUCACAUAGCGGCCUCGCUCAGGCCGCGACAUCGGUCCUGCGCACCAGCGAUUUCGAUAUCGCGGGUUCGCAUGGGGGCUCGCCUAUUUUACGAUGCGGAGUGGGUGACAGGGCUGAGUACAAGACGGAUGGUGGGGAGAGGGAGGAGACUGUUGAGGAGAGGGAUGCUCGCCUGGAUCGUGAGGAGGAGGCAUGGUUACAGUCCAUGCCUCGAUGGGCUGGCAGAGAUGCGUAUGAGGCCGAGCAGCGGAGGCAGAGGGAGUUAGAGAUGAUAGGAGCGGGUUCACAGGCGAGCGUCAGACCAUUGCCGACUACAGACACGAUGCAGCCCGCCUCCCAUGCUGAGGGUGGCGGGGCUGAGCGAUGCGGAUUGAACGCUGGCGGCGGGGUCCAGACAGAUGCUAUCGUACACGACGUUGUAGUUGGCAUAUGCGCGGCUGCUGGAGAUGGAGGGAUUCAUGGAGGGGAGGAGGAGAUGGUGGAUGAGGCUAGUGUGCCUUUGCCUUCUGACGCAGCACAGGUUGAGGAGGAGUUGGUGGACGAGGGGUGUGUCCCUUUGGAGGUUGAGGGCAGUGUGCCUUUCGUCGCUUUCGAUGAUGACACAGCACAGGUUGAGGAGGAGGGAGCAGCGGUCCACGCAUGCCACAGUGCCCCGUCGUUGCGAGAUGGCGAGACCGGAGGGCAUGUUCAGGAGGACGGAGCGACCGUCGACAUGUUCCUCGCGAUUAUUGUUAGGCCCCCGUCGGUGCGAGAUGUCGAGACUGGAGGGCAUAUCGACUCGGGCCGCCCGGACUCUUCCUCUGCAGGUGGUUACUUCGGGGAGAUGCCUCGGUGGGACGGCGGGAAACCGGGGGAGUGCACACCGACACCGUUGCGUCCGGAGCAGCUGGAGAGGAUGGGGACAGAGGACCCUUUCCCGUACACCGGUCUUCCGCCGACUGGUGGUCGAGGCAGCGGGUGGGGAUUUUCUUCAAGUCAUCGAGGUGGCGUUUCCGGGGGGUGGUCGUCUUACACGCGAGUGACGAACAGUUUGAGGAGGGACUACGACAGAGGGCAGGGGCUGUUCGCACAUGGACCAUCGAGAGAGGGAGGGCCCGCAUCGGGUGCGAGUGACGUUGGACGACCGAGUGUCCACACAACAGGACGUAUACUCGGAUUGGAUAGACUUCGGACGAGGACGACCGAGCCGGGCGAUGUUCACCUGGCCCGCUCAGCCAUGGAGGACAGACGGCAGGGACUGCCGUACACAUCGGGCGAGGAUGACUUGCAUAUGCCACAAGGGUCGAGACGUCAUGGCUCGAUCAAUGAUAUUGACGCGGAGAUUGCUGUUGAGGAGCGGCGGUUGGCAGAGCUGAUUCGAGAGCGUGAGAGGAGGUCGGAGACGAAGGCACAGGCCGAGGAGGCAGACACGGAGACGGAGCCCAUCAAGAAGGCUGUGCGCAGAGAGAGGCAUCGGAGAGCAGCGGCCGCGGCAGGCUCACACCUUGCACCCGUAGGCAGAGAUAGAGCACCACAGGGCAGAGGUCAGAGUGGGCAGAGAGGAGCAUGGCCAGGGAGAGGGAGCGGAGCACGUCACGGCACUCACCAGGCGCGGUGGCAGGAGAUAGGGACAUGUUGAACAGGGUAGAUUAGUUUUUUACUUUCAUGUUUUUGUAUAGUAUCUUUCUUUUAUUUGCACAUUACUUUCAUGUUGUUAGAUGUCAGGUUUCGGGCUUGUCGUACGUUGUCAGUUGUAGAACUUGUAGAUGGUUGUAGUAUUUUUUUCCUGCGCAGCGUCAUGAGUUGCGUUUUUUUUUGGAAACUGUGGGUGUUUGGCGAGGUUGUCAUGUCGACUGUGUUGUCAUUUUGUCAUACACACAUCACGUUUUGUCGUCAUCUCGUUGGUAACAUGUAUUGCUGUUUCUGUGAGUGUUGUAUUGUCCUUGUGUCUAUCGAACUCGAUCCCCUCCCAAUGAAUGUCCCUUCCCAAC